AUGGCAGCUCACAGAACAUGGCUCCUCCGUUCAAUUCCUCGCAUUCUCCCCCCAAACCCCUCCGUCCGAUUACGUCCUCUAGCUAGGACGCCGGCUUACGCUCUGAAAGUUUGGUCUCAGCGGUAUAAUAGCACCGAAGCCGAGUCUAAGCGAUCAGAGUAUCACCAGCAAACGCCACUGCCCGAUCAUAUCUCCGAACCGUCACAUCUGAAUCCGUCCCCCGAAGAUUAUUCGCGCUUCAUCUUUCAGGAUAAAUGUCGCUCGACGAUAUACGCCGGUGCUGGUGGGCAUGGGUGCGUCUCGUUUCUUCGUGAGAAAUAUGUCGAAGAGGGUCCGCCGAAUGGUGGCGAUGGAGGUAGUGGCGGGAGCAUCUAUAUUCAGGCCGUUGAAGGUAUGACGAGUCUACAUAAGCUGGCUCGUAGGGGGAUUAUAAAGGCCGGUCGGGGGAAGAACGGGCAGGGGAAAAGCAAAGGAGGCAAACGAGGCAACGAUGUCCUGCUCCAGGUUCCCGUUGGCACUGUCGUUCGUGAAGUCGAUCGUUACGACCCGGUCACGGAGGAAAUCGUGCGCCGGAAACAGGAGGGCGCAGAAGAGAGGGAUGAAAUAGAUGAGCUUGGGUUACCGUCUAUACGACAUGAUCGCUGGGUUCUUUACCCUGGUGCCAACCCGUCUGAUUACCUGACUACGGUGUUUCCGAAUAAUCCGCCCCGGAGACAACAUAUUGCUGCACUGGAACCGCAGGCGCCAAUCUACCUCGAUCUCUCGCAGCAUAUGGACAAGCCGAUCUUGUUGGCUGCUGGAGGUGCCGGUGGCUUGGGUAACCCACACUUUGUGACUCGCAAUAUGAACCGGCCUACGUUCGCAUCUAGAGGUGAAGGCGGCAUGCGCCUGGAGCUUGAGUUUGAGCUGAAGCUGCUUGCGGAUGUUGGACUCGUGGGGAAGCCCAAUGCGGGCAAAAGUACAUUGCUUCGGUCGUUGACCAACAGUCGCACCCGGGUCGGAAAUUGGGAGUUCACGACGCUUUCUCCCAAUAUUGGUACGGUGGUCAUCGACAAUCAUAAAGGGCGACCGUUGGUGGAAUCCAAAGGAAAGGCCCGGCGGACGAACUUCACAAUUGCCGACAUUCCAGGUCUGAUCGAGGACGCUCAUCUGGAUAAGGGCCUUGGUCUUGGCUUUCUCCGGCAUAUUGAGCGCGCUGGUAUCCUGGCAUUUGUGGUUGAUCUUAGCGCAGGUGACCCUGUGCAAGGACUGAAGGGUCUCUGGCACGAACUGGGCGAAUACGAGCGCGUCCGUGACGUUGAAGAGUCGAUGAAAGUUGAGGGAGAUGAUUUAACCUGGAAUCCGCCCACUCAUGGUCUUCCUGAACUACAAUCCGAAAGUGCAAUUCAGGAGCUCAACAAGGUUGCGUCAAAAGCUAAAGACGAACUUCCCGCUUUGAAUCUUUCCCCAAUCCACACCAAGCCAUGGUUUGUGGUAGCCACCAAGGCCGAUCUCCCGGAGACUCAAGAACGCUUCAAGACACUGCGUGACUAUCUUGCCGCCGUUAAGAACGGCGAAGAGGAACAUCCGGGCGGACAUCCCUAUGGACGGAGAGACAAGGUCUGCGCGGUUCCUGUCAGUGCCAUUAGGGGCGAGGGAGUUGCCGGCAUUCCAAAGCUUGUUGUGGAUUUGCUUGAUUAA